GGCAACUAACCUGCUUUUCUCUUUCAAGACGAGCCCCCAAAGCCCCGUUACACACGAGGCACAGAGGAAGAGAUUGCCUAAGCAAGUUUCCUAUCCAUUCGCUUUACGAACGGCGAAUCGUCUGCCAGCUGCAGUCGCACACACACCCGAAAACUCGUUUUACUCGGUGCCCUACAUUUUUUUGUGUGUUUUUUUUUUACAAUAUAACUCGUAUUAACGAGCUACAUACGUUUCUAUUAGAUUUUCCUGAGAGAUGGCUGAGGGACAUCAAGCUGUGGCCUUCUCGUUUGCCAUCACCCAUGAGGGCUUAGACGUUAACUUUGAUUUUGAGGUAAUUAGACUUAUUGCCAGGAGUGCUGUACGUUCCUGGAGGAAGAGGAGCACACGCUUUCAGACAAGUCUCAAGUCGAGCUUUUUCCCAGGUUCUCUUCGCUCCUUGGUUUUAACAGAAGCAGUUUUUAUUGGUGCUGAGAAAUCUGGAUAUGAUGUGACAUUUGGGCUAACCGAUAAGCUUAUAGUCCAUUUUCCCAAGAAUUCUGUAGAAUAUCGGGUGCUAUGUUCGGCUAUUCUCGGACUAGCCGGUUGGACGGGAGUCAUCUUUUCAUUGAGGGAACUUAUGCGACUUCUCCUCAAAUAUCACGGAUGGUUGUACGAGGAAAGAGGAGCGGGGAGACAGGUCAGUCUACCAACUCGGGCUUGGUUGCUUGCUAUGCAACCAUUCUUCCGUCUAUUCAAGCCCCAACUGUACUCGUUUCAAGGUACUUUGCCUACUCUGCCCGUUCCAGCACUCACCUCUACUCGCGAAAAGUAUUUGAGAAGUGUCCGUCCGCUUUUAGACGACGCCCAGUAUGCUCGUAUGGAAAAGCUUUCCUUGGAAUUUAUUAAUGGCAUUGGUCGAAAAUUGCAGCGCUACCUUUAUCUGAAGCGAAUGUGGUCAACUAAUUACGUUUCGGAUUGGUGGGAAGAAUACGUUUAUCUUCGCGGUCGUUCUCCCAUCAUGGUCAAUUCCAAUUUUUAUGGAAUGGACACUCUUUUCAAACAUCCAACAAGAAACCAAGCGGCUCGUGCUGCUAAUAUUAUCUACGAAGCUCUAAUGUUCCGUCGUGCCAUUGAGAGAUCAGAAUUGGAACCCAUCAUGGUCCAAGGGACAGUGCCUCUCUGCUCUGCACAGUACGAACGCGUUUUCAAUACGACCCGAGUCCCGGGAAUUGAAACGGAUCGUAUCGUCCACCUGGACGAUUCGACUCACUGCGCCGUUUACUGCCACGGCAAAUAUUUUAAAGUCCCACUGUACGUAAAGGGACGUUUACUUCGUCCUUGCGAGCUGGAAAUUUCGUUACAGAAGGUUAUCGAUGAUGAUUCGGUCGUCCAGCCGGGUGAGGAGAAAUUAGCUGCCCUUACCGCCGGCGACCGUGUUCCAUGGGCUAAAUGUCGUCAAGAAUAUUUUGGCAAAGGAAUAAACAAAGUUUCGUUGGCUGCCAUUGAAGGUGCCGCUUUUGUGGUGGCACUAGACGACGAAGAUUUUAAUUUCGAUCCGGAUGAUCAUACUCAGCUGGACAGAUACGGUGAGAGAUUGCUUUACGGAAAGGGUUACGACCGUUGGUUUGACAAGUCAUUCACGUUGGUGAUUGGCACAAAUGGACGCGUCGGAUUCAAUGCGGAACACUCGUGGGCUGACGCUCCCGUCAUGGGCCAUCUUUGGGAGCAUUGCUUAUUCACCACUGAAACGGCGUACACUGGAUACAAGGAGGAUGGCCAUUGCAAGGGAGUCCCGGAAUGCAUUCCUCCUACACCUAUCCGCCUCAGGUGGGAAAUGCCUGAGGCUUGUAUCGACAAGAUCGAAUCCAGUUAUCAGGUGGCCUUGGGGCUUCUGAACGACGUCGAUUUGCGUCUAUUGGCCCAUUCAGCUUUCGGCAAGGGCCUUAUGAAAAAAUGUCGCAUCAGUCCGGACGCUUUCAUCCAAAUGGCUCUCCAAUUGGCCUAUUAUCGGGACGCGGGCAAAUUCAGUUUGACGUACGAAGCCAGUAUGACUCGUUUGUUCCGCGAAGGCCGCACGGAAACUGUCCGUCCGUGUACGAUCGAGUCGAGCCAGUGGGUCAAGGCGAUGCACGAUCAAUCCGUCAGCAAAGAGGAACGUAUUCGUUUGCUACGAUUGGCUUGCGUUCAACAUCAACGAGGCUACCAGGACGCGAUGUGCGGCAAAGGCAUCGACCGUCACUUGUUUUGCCUCUACGUCGUCUCGAAAUAUCUGGAAGUGGACUCGCCCUUCCUCAAGGAGGUGCUCAGCGAGCCGUGGAGACUGUCGACGUCGCAGACGCCGCACGGACAGACGUCGAAACUCGAUCUGACUAAACACCCCGACUGCAUCUCGGCCGGCGGAGGAUUCGGUCCAGUCGCCGACGACGGAUACGGCGUCUCUUACAUUAUCGCUGGCGAAAAUCUCAUCUUUUUCCACAUUUCAUCCAAACGAUCAUCGCCCGAAACGGAUUCGAACCGGUUUGCCCAGCAAAUCACCAAUGCCCUGGCUGACAUUAAAGAAUUGUUUGGCCUGUGAAAGAGAAACCAGAAGCCAAUGCAGAACACGCAAACAAACGGACCCGUGUGUGAAUCUGCAGUAGAAUUUUAUCAUCCGCUUUUUUUAAUAUCCCAAAAAAAUUUUAGGAAACGUAAAAGAACAUAAGACGAAUUUUUGGCGGUAGGAAAGCCACCAAAAGAUGAUGAAAAUUAUUCUUAUUCAGGAGAGACAGCAAUGCAAAUCUUUUUAGAUCAUUAGUAUUAAAGGUUUAUAAGUUUUAAACACAUAAUGGUAAUAAUACAAAUUAAACUAAUCAAA